AUGCCAAAGUUCAGUAUUAUCCUCCCAACUUAUAAUGAGAAGGAGAAUUUGCCGAUUUGCAUUUGGUUAAUGGAAAAAUAUUUGAAUAAGGAAAUUGACUACGAGGUGAUUGUAAUUGAUGACGGAUCACCGGACGGAACUCUUGAAGUCGCCAAAAAAUUGCAAGCCGAAUAUGGAGAGGAGAAGAUUGUUUUGAGACCGCGCGCGGGGAAAUUGGGGCUUGGCACCGCCUAUGUUCAUGGAUUGGCGCAUGCGAGAGGCGAAUUUGUGAUUUUGAUGGAUGCCGAUUUGUCGCAUCAUCCAAAGUUUAUUCCGGAAAUGAUUGCACUUCAGCAAAAGUAUAAGGUGGGGAGGAUUUUGAGGGGAAAUUUUGACCAAAAAAUCAGCUUUCCAAGGUUUCUUUAGGGCUGAUUUAACAUCGAAAGUUCAAUUCACGAAAAGUCAAAAAAUGUCGAAAAAACAUUAGUUUUUCAAGGGUUUUCAGCCAAAAAUGAUGACAAAUCGAUAUUUUUUAAGCUUUUGGAGUAAUUUCUGAUUAAAAUUGACCUUGGAAUUCACUUUCCAGAAGGUUUUGAUGAAUUUCGAAAAAAUUCAUAAAAUAAAGCAAAAUAGGGUUAUCGAAGCUUAUUUUAAUCAGAAAUUACUCCAGAAGUUUGAAAAAUAUCGAUUUGUCAUCAUUUUUGGCUGAAAAACUCGAAAAACUAAAAGAAAAACAAUGUUUUUUCGACAUUUUUUGACUUUUCGUGAAUUGAUCUUUCAGUGUUAAAAAAACAUUUUAAAACAUUUUUUUCGUUCGUGAAUCAGCCCUUUUGGUUUUUUUUAAAUAUUUUUGAUACUGGCCAAAUCACUGAUUUUAGAAUACCUACAAAAUUCAAAUAAACCUACAUUUCCAAGGUUUUAAUGCUGUGAUUCACAAAAAAACGUUUUUUAACGUUAAAAAACCAGAAAAAAUGAUUCACGAACGGUAUUUUUAUUCAUUUUUUCACCAUUUUCUCAAUAAAUUUAAUAAAGUGAAAGCUAAAACGCAUUUUAGAGUUUAGAAAUACUAUUUCAAGACUUCCUAAUCAGCCUAAAAGACAAAAUCUCCCAAAAAUCAACAAUUUGGCUUGGUUUCUCUUUUAUUCUAAUUAGAAGGUCUUGAAAUACCAUUUUCUGUACACUAAAAUUGCGUUUUAGCUUUACUUUAUUCAAUGUGUUGAGAAAAUGGUGAAAAAAUGAAUAAAAAUACCAUUCCUGAAUCACUUUUUUGGUUUUUUAACGUUAAAAAACGUUUUUUUUAAUUUCGUGAAUCACAAAACCCCGAAAAUAUAGGUUUCAAAUUUAUUUGAAUUUUGUUGGGAUUUUGAGAGAUUAAUGAUUUGACCAUUAAAAAUAAAUAGAAAAAAAAAACAAAGAAAUAUUGGGAAGCCUGGAAAUUUUCAGGUAAUAUUUUGUAAUAAAAAACAUUUUUUCCCUAUGCAGAAUAUUAUUUUUGAGUAGAGAGAGACAAUGUGAAAUUGAGAGAGUGCAGCCAGAUGAAUUGAUUUUUCGUACAAAAAAUACAAAAAAAACUGUCUGCACUCUCUCAAUUUCACAUUGUCUCUACAUAGGCAAAAAAAAAUUGAAAAUAAUUAAAAUUCCCAUAAUUAUCAAUAGAGCGCACUUGCAAAAAUGGGGAGAAUUUUUAAAUUUUUAGAAACGAAGGCUCUUAUUUUUUUCAUCAAUUUGAAAUUUUCGAAAAUUUCCAUGAUUAUCAAUAGAGCGCACUUGACAAAUUCUAUUCUUUUCUGUUCAGAAAAACGUCGAAAAAAAAAACAAAAAAAUUAGUUUUUUGUGCGAAAAAUCAAUGUUGUCUUGCAAAUCACAAAUUUCAGAAUCCCUACAAAAUUCAAAUAAAUUUGAAACCUAUAUUUUCGGGGUUUUUUUUAGAGAAACUGAUUUUUGGUCAAAAUCUAUGCUUUUCUCACAAAAAUAACUAUGACAAAGUGCAAAAUUAUUUUUUUUCUGGAUGAAAAUCAGGAUAGAAAGUUUUCAAAAUACUGUGUUUUUCCAGUGAUUUUUUAGAAAUUCCAGCCAAAAAUAAAUUCAAAAAAAAAUGUUUCCAGCUCGACAUAGUUACCGGAACUCGUUACGCCAACGGCGGCGGUGUCAGCGGCUGGGAUCUCAAGCGCAAAACCAUCAGCAAAGGCGCCAACUUCCUGGCGCAAUUCCUUCUCAACCCCGGAGUCUCGGAUCUCACCGGCUCUUUCCGCCUCUACAAAAAAGAGGUUCUCGCCAAAUUGAUCGCCGACAGUAUCAGCAAAGGAUAUGUGUUCCAAAUGGAAAUGAUGUUUCGCGCGCGAAAAUCGGGAUUUCGAAUUGGCGAGGUGCCAAUCACGUUUGUCGAUCGAUUUUUUGGCGAAUCCAAGUUGGGAAAACAGGAGAUUAUUGAUUAUGCCAGUGGACUUUUGUGGCUUUUUGCGGCGGUUUGGUGA